ACCAGUGCACACAAAGUCCCUAAAUCCCUACGGCAUCUCCCUCACCAAUUACGCGCAAAUACACAUUCAGUGUUCAUCAAGUCCUCAGCGAUGCCAAGGGCGUCUGAUCAACCAGCUGCCCACUCUGAUCAACCCUGCCUCUUCACCCCGGACCCUUGAGGCUGUACCUGCUAAAGAAGGUCUGUUCUCUCUCGUCAACCUGGGAACCAGAGGAAACCAGGUCUCCUGUCAACCCGGGGAGGCCCUCAAGACCAUUCACGAGCUGCAGCCACGUGCUGCCCUCACAGGCAUGGCUCCCAUUCGGGAUUCCGUCAGCCAUUCUCCUAAUCAGACAGGCUUGGAACACCCCGGCUUGGACUCGCAGUAUGAGCCCUCUCCCUGGUCUUCUGGCUCUCCGUGCAGUGGUGACAGCAACAGCAACUGGGGAAAGGUCCUAGUGGACAGCAGCACAGACAAAGCCAACAACCCUUCCUCAACUAAUUCUUCUGUCUGGCCCCCUUCGUCUUCUUCAUUUUCUUGUUCGUCGUCUUCUUCCUCUGGCUGCGGGUCAGGGUCAGACCCCGAGUUAGCGCCAGAAUGCAUGGAUGCCGACUGUAGUCCGUCAACUGGCUCGGAGAAUAACUUUGCCGGAAUUGCUGUGACAACUGGGAUGAUGUCGGCAAAUGUUUCUUCCUCUGAGUCUUCUCCAACAUUCACUCCUUCCUCUGCCAUGAUGGUUGGCGUUUCACUGAACGGAGACAGCAACGGCAAUGGUUGUCAGGUUAACGGUGGAGGAGUUGGAACAAUCUGUGGCGCAAAAAAUGGAAAUAGCAACAUUACUGGACACUCUCACUUUUCUGUGUCUGGGUCUGGCAGUAUUGGCAGCAAUAACAUGGGUAACCACAACAAGCUUGUUAAUAACAGCAGUGUUUGGUGCACCCAGUCAGGCAACACCAUGAUGACUUCCAGCGAAAGCACCGCCUGCAUAAAUGGAGGAUCAACUCCAAAUACCAUACCCCCAAAUGCCAACCAUGGUGCCUGGCCACAAAAUUUAACCCCAAGCCCAGUGUCCCUGGGCCAAAGGUCACUACAGCCUCAGGGGAUGAAUUCAAAAUUAGGUAUAGCACCCCAACAGGGCCCCUUGCUUGGGUGGGGUGGCAUGGCAGCUCAAGAUAAAACCAGUAUGAUGGAAGACACUGAGGUAAAUAAUGGUACAUCAAGCAGCAAUGUGUUAGAAAGCAGCAGCAGUGGAAAUGGUGGUCUGCAGCCCGCCAAUCUUAACACUGAAUCAAAUGGACCAAAUAACACUAUGACGAUGAAUACUACUACUACUUCUACUACUACUAUUAACACAACAAUGACCUCUAGUCCACCAAACUCUAUUGCUUCACCUCAAUUGAGCGGGGAAUGUUCCUGGGGCUCAAUUGGAGGAGCAGGGGGUGGUGGUCUGCUGCCCAAUGGAAACCCUUCAUCUGCCCCCCAGCAUCCCCACGGAGAGAUGGGGACUCCCGGAACCUAUGGUACGCCUUGGGACGCAUCUACCUACUCUGGAGACAAGGGUCCCCCAAAUUCAGACACUGUGAACUCACAAACCCCUGCCUUAAUGCAGGUUGGGAAUUCCCAAAUGUCCUCUACUGCUGCUUUUAAGAGUAAUAAUAACCACCAUAGCACUGGGGGCUCACGCUGGGAUCAGGGGCCUGCCAGUAACCCAAAUCCAAGUCAGAGCAACAACCCCUGGGGUAUCAGUACAAAUCAAAUCCCAGGCCCUACAGGGCAAAUGCCAGGCACUCUGAACCAAACUACGAUGAACCCUCCUUUAGGCGUACCUCGCCCCUGGGGAAGUAGUGCAUCCUCCUCCUCCUCCUCCUCCUCCUCUUCUUCCACGUGCAACAAGAUGUCAAAUGGGGAGUGGACAACAACCCAUGGGAACAACCAUUCAGAUGCUGAAAGUCAUAAAGGAAGUGCUGCUAACAAUGGUUGGAAGAGCCUGGAGGAUGAUGCCAUGGGCAUGGGAGGUGGAGGGCCUGGUAGCGCAAGCCUGCCAGGCGUAUCAGGAGGCUGGAGCCGCUCCGGUGGAAGUGAGGGAAGUGCAGAAAGUUCUGGAGGCCAAUCCAGCUCAGACAGAGAGAAUGUCCUCUCAAAAGGCGGGAACCGGAGAAAAGGGAACAGUCCGGCACCUUUCAUGUCACUGCAGAGUCGAACUGAUGUGGACCCAAGAGUUCUAUCCAACACUGGAUGGGGACAAACACCCAUUCGACAGAACACUGCUUGGGAUGUUAGUUCCACCAACAAGCAGCAACUGGCUCUCAAAGGAGAUGAAAGAAAACGCUCUGGCUGGGGAACAGCAGCACCAACACAGGCAGCUCCUACCCAGACCUCUGGAGGUUGGGGUGACGGUCCAACUUGUGUGGGCCCAGAUACAGGAAACUCUGGUUGGGGUGAACAGAGACCAACCUCUGGAUGGGAUAACAAAGGUUCUUCCAUGGGCUGGGACAAUGAAUCCGGUUACAAAGGGGGAAACGACAUUCGCAAAGAUGACAGAUCCAAUACAUGGACUAAUGUGCCCAAACAGCAGCAGGGCUGGGGUUCUAAUAAUGGCAAUGGAGAUGAAAGCUGGGCUACUGCUGGAGAUAGUUCCAGAACAAUGUCUAACAACCACUGGGGAGAUCCCCACAAAGGUUCUGGAUCAGUAGGUUGGGACAGCGACAGUGACAGAUCAGGUUCUGGAUGCUGGAGUGAGCCAGGGCGAACCAAUACUAGCAGCAGUAACACCUGGGGAGGAAGUGGAGGAUCAAAUACUCCAGACCAGAGUACUCCCAACCCAGGCUCUAACUGGAACGACUCUAAGCCGAACCUUCAAAAUAAAAACCAGGGUUGGGGCGAACCAAUGAAGAGCAACCAGGGUUCCCAGAACUGGGGCGACACCAAUUCUAAGUCUUCCUAUACUUCCAACGAGUGGGGCAAAGGUCCUGAAUCCAGCAUGUCAAGGACCAACAACAAGCCUACAGGCUGGUUGGGAGGUCCAAUGCCUACAAUGGGUCAAAAGAAUGAUGCAGCAACUGGGUGGGAAGAACCUUCUCCAGAAUCUGUUCGUCGACGGAUGGAGAUAGAUGAUGGAACUGCAGCUUGGGGUGAUCCUGUGAAAUACCAUGGUGGAGCUGUCAACAUGUGGAACAGAACUGGCCAGUCAGACCAGGACAACAUGGGCCCAUCUUCUCAACACCAGGCUCACCCAUUACAUAGCUCGACACAUCAUUCUCAGUCCAUGCAGCCUCAUGGACAAGACAAAUGUAGCAGUUCAGGUUGGGGUGAGCCUUAUCCCCAGCAGAAGGAGUCUUCAACAUGGGGUGAACCCACAUCUGCUCCACCUGUGACGGUGGACAAUGGAACAUCUGCCUGGGGGAAACCAGUGGACACUCGCUCUAAUUGGAAUGAAUCCACCAGGGAUAAUAGAGAGCCUGCAUCUGGAUGGGGAGCUCGUCAUAAGUCUGGUCUUGGUUCCAAACCAAUGGAGACAUGGUGUGGUGAUGAGUCUAUGAGUAACAGUUGGGAUCAGGAAGAGGAAGUAGAAAUUGGUAUGUGGACUAACAACCCACAGGACAAUAGGUCACAUGACCAAAACAACUGGUACUACAAGCACAAGGGAUCCUGUAAGAUGAAUAAACCAGUCAACAAACCAGACGAGCCAUGGAUAAAACCUUUCAUGAACCAGUUCAACAACAUGAGCUUUUCUCGAGAUUCCCCUGACGAUUCCAUGAAAACUGGAGCAGGUAUGAUGCAGGACAAGCGCAUGGACACAAUGGACUUCAGUGGCGUAAUGGGGAAGAACCCUGGGUCUCAACACCAGCUCCCCAAAGAGUCCCCUAUGGAUCGCAGCUCUUACUAUGACAAGCUGUCUUUUCCUCACGCUGCUUCCGAUGAGCAUUGCUCCAAUCAAAGCAUGAGCAUUUCCCCUUCCAAUUCCACUCAAAUUAGCCUGUGUCUCGACUCUGGGCCAUCUCCUGCCCACUCUAGUCCCAGAGUUUCUCAGCAGAAUGUAAACCCAAUGUUGGGUGGCAGCGGCUUAACACAGGGCCGCGGUGGACUGCAAUCUCAACUCCCUCAUCCCAACUUCCGUAACCAAGUGCCUCCUCCCAUCAUGCCCUCUCAGGUCCCUCCACCCCUGUUGAAAUACCCAGGUGGUAAUGGAGCCCUGAACCCUCUGUUAGGCCCUCAGCAGGUGGCUGUGCUUAACCAGCUCUCUCAACUCAACCAACUCAACCAGCUCCAGCGUCUUAUCCUCCUCCAGCAGCAGCAGCAGCAACAACAACAGCAGCAACAGAAGGCUCAGAGCCAGAGAGUGAUGCCUGUGGGACGACAACCUGAGCAGACACGUCCUAUUGGUUCAUCUCCAUCAAUGAUGCAGCCACCGCGUCAUCUGGACCCUUCUUUGCUGAAACAGUCCCCGGCCCUCAAGCCAUACCUGGAUAGCUACUUGCCCCACAAUAGCCCCGACGUGCAGAAGGAUCCUUCCCCUCUUGGGUCCUUCAGCAACUUCCCUUUAAGCUUGAACUCAAACCUGAAUGUAUCCCUGGACAUGGGUGUUGGUACUAAUGCUGGCGGAGCUUUAGGCUAUAAAGAACCGUCCCAGUCCAGACUGAAGAAACUGUGGGUUGCUGACCCUCUGGAGCAGAACAGCAAAUCUGGUGCUAUUUCGUCAGGGCUGCGUCUGGAGGAUUCUCCCUUUUAUGACUUCCUGUCCCCUGGCCCAUCUCCUCUGAGCCCUCCCGGCCAAUCAAUGGGCUCAGUAGGUGACGGCUGGCCGUCCCGUGCCAAUUCUCCCCCGCCCCAUGGAAACACUGUCACAUGGCCCCCAGAGUUCCGACCUGGCGAACCUUGGAAAGGCUACCCCAACAUUGACCCUGAGACUGACCCUUAUGUGACCCCCGGUAGUGUCAUUAAUAACCUCUCCAUCAACACCGUCCGUGACACAGACCACCUCAGGGACAGGAACAAUGGGCCAUCUUCAUCACUGAACACCACGAUGCCUUCUAACAGUGCCUGGUCAUCCAUUCGUGCCUCCAGCCACAGCGGUUCCCUCACCAGUACAGCACAAAGCACUUCAGCCAGACCCAGUGAGUCAAAGUGGUCUCCCGGCGUUGGUUCCGUGUCUAACUCUUCUCUGGCCCAUGAGCUGUGGAAGGUCCCCCUGCCUCCCAAGGCGCUGUCGGUGGCGGCCCCUUCCAGACCGCCGCCUGGCCUCACCAGUCAGAAGCCCGGCUCGGCCUCCUCCGGCUGGGAUGGCUCAAUCCUGAGGCUGGGUGGGUGGGGCUCCACUGACUCCACAUAUGCACCUGGUUCCAGUUGGGGUGACAGCAGCAGCUCAGGAAGAACCCAAUGGCUUGUCCUGAAAAACCUCACACCUCAGAUUGACGGCUCUACUCUGAGGACUCUGUGUAUGCAGCAUGGCCCUCUGAUCACAUUCCACCUCAACCUUCCACAUGGUAAUGCUGUGGUUUGCUACAGCUCCAAGGAUGAGGCUGCCAAGGCCCAGAAGAGCCUGCACAUGUGUGUUUUGGGGAACACGACUAUUCUGGCCAAGUUUGCCAGCGAGGAGGAAAUCAACCGUUUCUUUGCACAAGGGCAGUCUUUGGCCACUCCCUCCUCCGCCUGGCAGGCCAUGGGCGCGUCUCAGAGCAGAAUGGAUCAGUCUCACCCUUUCCCCAGCCGGGCCGCCGAGCCCGGCCAAUGGAAUGGCGGUGAUCUCCACGGCUCCUCCCUCUGGGGCGGGCCCAACUAUUCCAGUAGCCUUUGGGGGAGCCCCAGCGGCACGGAGGCAGGACGGAUAGGCAGCCCUUCUCCGAUCAGCUUCCUCCCGGUGGAUCACCUGGCGGGCGCCGGGGACUCCAUUUGAGCGGGCGUCAGCAAGGGUCAGUGGAGAAUUGUCAAUAAUCAGCAAAAUGAAAGCAGAAGUGGCACUACUCGCUUAUGACAAGAUUUUCAACAAAACGGGGUUUCCCCUGUGGAAAACUAGUUACGUUUCUCUCUCUGCACAUAUGUCCACUUUGUUUUAGCCCAAAAACAUAUCAGUCGGAAUACUUGAAUCCUGCAGGCCAAUUCUAUAAUGUGAACGGAUGGAUAUUUGCUUCCAGGUAGUGCUCUUUCACACCGAAAAAAGCUUCAAUCGAGCUCAUCAUUAUAUAUAUAUAUAUAUAUUUGUUUCAUUUGUCAUUUUUAUUUGAAUUCCAAUUCUUUUUUUUUUUUUUUCGCUGACAAUGUUGGAGUAUGAGCUUUUUAAACUUUGCACUGAAUGUGUUUUUUUUUUUUCUCAGUAUAUAUUUAAUCUGCAAUAUUGAGGGAGCAGCCAGUUUUUCCAGUGUAGCUGUUUACUCAUUGAGGUCCUUACUGUGUAUGAGUGGCUGUUUUGUGUGCGCGAGUGUGUGCGUAUCUGUGUGUGUGUGUGUGUGUGUGUUUGCGCACGCUCCUCUCUUGCCUUGGCACGCCUACCUUACUGCGUUGUCGUGGAGUUCAAGAUCAACGGCUAUGUUCAAGACGAAGAAGAAAAAGCUAACUUGGGAAGAUUAUUUGGGGAUAGAUGGAAAAAGUGGAGAAAAAAAAGUAUUGCACCAAUGUUUGUUUGAAAACUAAAGAUCGUCGAGCUCUGCAGUGCUAAGGACUGUAGCCGGAGCUGGGACUAGCAAGCCCCAGCGACCCUAAUGUAGGGGCCGGGGCCUAUCUAGCAAGCCCUCCCUUGAGUCUCCGAGUGGGCAAGGGCGGGAACAGCACUUUCAGAAUAGGCUUUCAAUAUUUUGGAGGUGCCACACUGCAACCUCUUGUUUACAAGACUUAGGAGGCGGAACGUGUGUUCAUCCUUCAUUUUAAGGAGAUGAUGGAGUCAAAUAGAAAAUGCAAAAAAAAAUAUAUAAAAACUGAGAAAAAGUCUAUUAAAAAAAUUUAAAAAAUUAUAAAGCAUUAAAAAAAAAUCACCAAAAAAAAUCUUAUCGAGGUUGAAGACGACGCUUUGUAACUCUGGGAAUUCGGAUCAGUGUUUUUGGCCAUGGUGUUGGUUAUUUGAAUUAUUCCUCUUUGUCUGCUAAAUAACCAGCAAUGGUUCUCAGGAAAUCAAGCCAGUCCCCCCCCUCCUGUAGUUAAUCUAAAAAAAGAAAAAAAAAGAAAAAGGAAAAAAAAAAUACUACUCCUUCUAGUAGGAAAGGAAAAUCCAACUUCUAGCACUGAAAACGAUGUAUAAAAUGGUCUGUAAGUUUCUUUUCUCUGCCAAAUAACUGCUUUAAGCUGGAGAAGCUCAACACACUGCUUUCAAUAUGCUGUCUUUUGAGGGUUG